AUGAACACAAUCGUCUUCGGCCACCCCUCGGCGAAUCCGCUACUACUAGCAAUCGAGGCCGCAGCCCAACAGCUACCUACUACUACUCAUAAACGCGUUAGAAGGCCCUCAAAAAGAGCCCGAACGGAUACGUCCUCCCCUAUAUACUCCUUCCAAGCCAGCGAUAGGUGGGCUAAACUGACAUUCAAAUAUUUUAAACAAGAGGAGGAUCUACAACAGGCGAAUGCGGAGAAUACUGCGGAGAACAUUGCGGAGACAGUUAUCAGCAGCAGUGACACAACAGGCCUACUCUCCACGAUCUCACACCAAUCCACUCAGCCAGUGCAAGAGAAGUCAAUACAGCAGGCGAAUGCGGAGAACACUGCGGAGAAACCAAGCGGCAACAAGGCCCCCAACACCAAGAACACGGCUCAGCUCUCCAAGAUCCCACGUCAUAUGCUCUCCACGGUUCCACAUCAAAUCAUCACUUAG